AGAUGAUUCUGGAACUCGCAGGAUUUAAACAACAAAGUUAUUAUUUUUAUUAUUAUUGGUCUUAUUAGCGAAUCCAUAACUGCACAGCUUGUUUCUGCCAAACAAAAAAAAUAAUAAUGGUGGUGAUUGAGCCAGAAGAAGACGAACAGACCUUACUCAGUAAUCCUCCAAAGCCAAAAACAAUUCCAUCGUCAUCGUCGAGCAAAGACGCUGAAAGUACUUCUCCGGUGGCGGUGGCGGCGGAGGCGGAAGAUACGAAUGUGAACGUGAACGACUCUGAUGGGUUCGAAACAGCAAGCGAACGAGAAGUGAGCGAUAACGAAGAAAUCAUCAAUGAAGAUACUCCUCAACGACCAGAACCACAGCCACAGCCAGCAUCACCACAGGAAGCGAACGCGGACUCUAGUGUAAACGACGACGAAUUGCAACAGAAAACUUUAUUACAAGCUAAUGAUGCUAAAUUGGAAGGCAAUAGAUUGUUUGGAGAUGGGCAGUAUGAGGAGGCAUUAUUAAAAUAUGAUGCUGCAUUACAAGUUGCAUUGGACGUGCCUUCGUUUGUAGAGUUGCGUUCCAUGUGCCAUGCAAAUCGUGCUGUAUGCUUCUUGAAAUUGGGAAAGUACGAAGACACAAUCAAGGAAUGUACAAAGGCCCUAGAACUAACUCCUUCCUACAUGAAAGCUCUGCUCAGGAGAGGAGAAGCUCAUGAAAAGCUUGAACACUUUGAGGAGGCAAUAGCUGAUAUGAAAAAAAUCUUGGAAUUGGAUCCUUCAAAUGACCAAGCUAAGAAAGCCAUUCACCGCUUGGAACCGUUGGCUGCAGAAAAGCGAGAAAAAAUGAAGGAGGAAAUGAUUGGAAAGCUGAAAGAAUUGGGAAACUCUGUGCUAGGCCGAUUUGGUAUGAGUGUUGACAACUUCAAAGCAGUUAAAGAUCCAAACACUGGUUCAUAUUCUAUUUCAUUCCAACGUUAGUUUUGUAAUAUGAGAUCCCUGGCCUACAUUUUUAUCCUUGGCAGAAACAAUGUGAGAAAAAUGAAAGUUGUCCAAUGGAAUGACAUAUCAAUUUGCUAUGUUUUGCUGCAGAGCCAACGGAUAGUGCACAAGCAAAAUUUUAAGUUAAUAGUGUGAGGUUGCUUUUGGAUGACUGAAUUUGAAAUUUAACAUUUAAAAUUUUAUUA